AUGCAAGCCGCACCGACGUAUGCUCUGCGGCGCUCAAUACAUGACGCACGAUCUUUCGGCACAAGCGCAGUUGCUCUCUCAAUCUCUGACGCUGGGACCCAGAAGCUGACAUGGCAAAAGGCCCAGUACGAGGCUGAUCUCGCGAAGGGCAAGACCUUUCUAGUCGAGCGAGGGUACGAUAUUGAAUCGAUGCACAUCACGCCGGUCGUCUGGGGACACCAUGACGCGUUCCGACAUGUGAAUAAUGUCCAUUACUUACGAUGGUUCGAAUCGGGACGCAUGGACUUUGCCGCCAAGUUAGCUGAAAAGCUGUCACAAGAAAGAGCGCAAGACAUCAUUCAAGGCACGGGCAAGAGCUUCAUCCUGGCUGGGGCAAAUAUCCGAUACAGGCGGCCCGUAGUCUACCCUGACACGAUCAUCAUCGCUCAGUCAAUCCUGCUACCGAUUGCCCCCUCAAGAGACCGCUUCAUGCUGCGGGGUGCGGCGUACUCACUCAAGCAGAAGACGAUCGUCUGCACGUGCGACCAAGACUGCGUGUCAUAUGAUUACAAUACUCUCAAGAAGGUUCCACUCGAAGAUGAUUUGUACGACCUGCUGCAAGGGAAGGGUAUGUAUGAUACAGUUGCAAUGUUGAAACAAUGA